AUGCCGAUCAAGAAGGACGGCAAACUGCCCAGGACCCCUUUGGAUGUUGAGAGAAGUUGUACGGAUUGCUGUUGCAUUCUGAUCUUCGCUGCAGCGUUGGCUGGGUUGGGCGCCUGCAUCUAUAUCGCAUACGAAAAGGGUGACAUCACGCGGCUGGAGUCCUUGCCGGACUACCAGGGAACCCAGUGUGUGGGGAAGUUCAUCUUCUUUCCACAAGAUGACGGCGGAUUGAACUUGCAUAAACAAGUCUGUGUGGAUGCCUGCCCGACGGCCAACGAGCCGGUGACGACGAUCCUGAAGCCGUUCGAAACAGCGAGGAGGCUUCAAGGUGGCCUCGUAAGCGCCACCCAGGGAGCCGGCAUCGCCGAGACCGACAGCCUCCUCUUUGGAUCAAACCCAUCGCCCCAGGUCCUGACGACAACUGUGGGGGUCGGCGGAGGGAUGGAGCCGACACCGGAGCCGGCAACACCCGCUGCGCCGGCUGCGCCAAUGUUCCAGGAAACCACCGUAGUCACGACCAUGGCCCCUGGGCAGGUACGGCUCCAGGGAUAUCCCUCCGUGCCCGUUGCGAACGUCUUGUGCUUUCCGAAGGUCGGUGAGUUCCAGGGACAAGUCAUGGGCAUCGCAGGAAGCAACGAGUUCUUCGAGAUAGCUCUGGACAUCAACAGUCUUACGUCGUGGGAUGCCUAG